CAUUUUGUGUCAACAUGCCACAGCCCCACAGUCACACAUCCCGACUUGUUUGUUACAUCUGUUCUUUACGUGCGUUACAGAUAUAAUCAUUCAAUACUAUUAUUGGAACAGGUCAGAAUUAUAAUAUAUGAUGAUGACGACAUUUAUUUCGGCUUACUCAGCGCCGUGAGUAAUUUUGCAUAUAGGCUGUAAUAUUCAUAACACUACGGAGGAGUUCAUGAUGAAACUAUUACAGCAACGGAGACAUAGGCAAUCAAUACCAGGGAGAAGUUCAGCUCUGCAAAGGUGACUGAGGUCAGAGCAUAGUCACGGCGCAAAGCUGUUAUAUACUGGAGUAGAAUUCACCAUACUUAAAAAUUUCAAGAUCGGUGUGCAGCAUAGAUAAAACCACCUGCUCAGGAAUUUGGGCAAAAAUUGAGGUAUUACCACUGGCAAAGCGUGCGGCCUUUGAGCCUUGGCGGAAUGUAUGAACGACAAAAUCACCAAUGCUUGGACAGUCUCGUUUGAUGUUGAAUAAGGCAUGAUAUACACUUGAACCGGUAUAGGCCUACGUGACUCCAUCAGACGAAUCCAUUAAAUCAGCAGUUAUUUAAUUUUCCAUGUCCAGUAGAAGCCCACUCUGCAUGGCGGCACCCAGCUGAAAUAGUCUUUGGCGGCUUAAGUUUAAAGUAGUACAGAUGAGCAGCUGGCUUCUUGCUGAGCUGUUGCUGGGUUUUAAACCCACAAAUAUCACUAGUACAUUAACUUGGUCGUCUGAUGAGGUCAUCUAGACCCAGCGGAUUUGAGAUUCUGCGCAUGUCUGAGCGUUGCUGUUGACUGUUUAUGGUCCCAAGACCAGUUCCUGCUUGGUUGCUUGCUUACCUACCAAGAGCAAUACUGAGAGUAUUGGUGGCAAUGUUCUCACUUCACAUUUGCCUCAUUGUGAGGCCUUACUCUAUUUCAUUCUGCGGUAAGUAUGGAGCAGAGUAAGGCCUGAUACUGAGGCAAAUUUCACAUUUAUUUAACAUUAAACGUGGAGAGUUGCAGCGAGCACAAAUUUGCCUUGUGCUUCAUAGUCAGUGAAGCAAGUGUGAACAGGUUUUCUUUUUUGGAACACGGAUCACAGCGUUAAAGACGGCGCUAUGAGUGAGCGUUCUACCUGGGACGAGGUUGAGGGAACGUGGAGCCAUGCCACAGAGAAGAACAAACGAGAAGACACAUCCGAUUGGGCAAAACGGUUUCCUGCGGCCAAAGGGAUACACCAAUCACCGAUCAACCUGAACUCACGUGACACCACCUUUGAUCCAAAGUUGAAUGAAAAUCCCUUGGUUGCGAAUUAUGUGUUGUGCCGAGAGACCGAUAUCUACAACAAUGGCCAUACGGUGGUUAUCUACCCAAGAUACAAGCCAGGCGACUCUGGCUUUCGACCGGACUCUACGCCCCGAUCCACUAUGGAAGGAGGUCCACUGCCGUCCAACGACGUCUACGAGCUGGCAGAGUGCCGCUUUCAUUGGGGGAGAGAGGAAGCCCGGGGAUCAGAACAUACUGUCAACUAUAAGGCCUUUCCUAUGGAGGUUCAGCUUAUUCACUGGAAUAGCAGCCAAUACGACAGCGUGGAUGAGGCCCUAGGACAACCUAACGGGAUCAUGAUUGCAGCCCUUUUUGUACAGGUUGGGCGAGAAAAUAGCGGACUGAAGAUACUUACCGAUCAUUUAGAAGAAAUCCAGUAUAAGGGACGGAUGAAGACGGUUGCCACGGCCUUUAACCCCAACAGCCUGUUACCCGAUCCCAUGCUACGUGACUUUUGGACCUACAACGGGUCGCUGACAGUUCCCCCCUGCUCUGAGAACGUCACUUGGAUACUGUUCCGCUACCCUUUAACCAUCUCGCACGCUCAGAUCGAGGAAUUCCGCCGCCUCCGCACCCACGCCAAGAACGAGAUGCCGCACAACAGCGAGGACGGUAUCAUGGCGGACAACUACCGGCCAACACAGUCGUUAAACAAGAGGGUGAUCCGAGCCUCCUUCCAGUAGCCUUAGUCUUAAUAAAUGUCAAAAAUAACAAACAACACACACUUACCUAUUCAUUUGUUGUCACCAUUAUUCGAGCCGCACAUACUCCGUGCGAAUCAGUUUUUUUUUCUGAAGACGCCAAGGUGACAGUAUGAUUGCAUUACCCCAUGCAUACUCUCUGACCACAGGGUCCGCUAGUGGUCUGUUACAAAAUUAUUGUACCUAUACUAAUUUAGAAGCCCCUGAUGUGAGAGGGUACCCCAUGCAAGUUACUCUGUGUAUUUCAACCGGAUAACUACUUCUGUUUAGCACAAAUUAAUUAUUUUGAUGGUGCACAAACAUACCAGGUACAGACUUUGCCUAUAUUGUACGUGACGAUAACUAGGUAUUGUAAAAUUUAUUAUUUUUUUCCCUUCAUUCUUUUUGAAUUUUUUCACUUUUUUCUAACCUGUAUCAAUUUCUCUGAACGAAGAUAGGCACCAUUGUGUUUAAGCUCAUGAAUAAGUCAUAUAAUAUCAGGCUAUAUAUAUGAAUUGCAUGACUGUAGCAUUGUGUUAAUGUAACACCAAAGCUUUCAGUAUUCAGUGAGUAUAUGGAAUAAGAGAAGGUUACAGACCCAACAGCAAGCCGAGUGGAUCCGGAAAAACGAUGAAGAAUAUACUUUUGUAAGUCACGCAGCGUUGAUGAAUCGAUGACUAUUUGUGCCAUUUAAUAGGAACUCCAAGCUUUCGCUUUUCCUUCAGAUCUAGACAUAUUGAUAAAGUAACAGUCGGGUCUUGGGAGAGAAUGGUUUCACAUAAUUAAUCAAGGUUCAUCAGGUGUGAGGCCACCAGCAAUAGAGAUUAAUGCUGUCUAGUACUGGUGAUAUGUGUAAAUUAAAACGAUUGCUCAAUGCUUAUCUCGUAGUAUACAUCUAUGUGCUGUAGUGGAAGCUAUAUUAAUAUUCAAUGUCAAAUUGUCUGUGAUAUAUAAUAUGAUACGUAUGCCAUACUGGAGAAGAAUCAAUAUCCUGACCACUGUCCCCCUAAGAAAGUGCACUUAAAGAAGGGGCCGAUAGAAUUUCGUUAAUUUGGUCAGUCGCGGGUGACUAUUUAUUCUCUGGGCCGGUAGAGUCCAUGGUGGCCUGAAGAGUCAUUAAUGCAGGACGUUUUUGGUGCAGACUGAAUUAUUAUACAUGUUAAUAUUUACAAAUAACGUGGGUUAACAGCACCGCAUCAGAGUGCUUGAUACAAAAGCACAAUGUAUAGUUUGUAAUUGCAUUUAGUUAAUAAACAUAUACUUUCAUGUUGUCAA